GGCCCUCCGCCGCUCCACAGAUCAACUCAGCCGGUCUCGGACACCGGGACCAAAGCCACCGCAACCCAUAACUACAGUCGCAGCCGGUCAAGAAGCCGCCUGUGAGCGUUCUCCUCAAGAGCAUGCGCAGUGCGUCAGCGCACGUCGACGCCGACAGAGAGCGAGCGUGAUUGACGUUUACGUCAGUGACGCCUGGGAGCGCGAGGACGCUGGGCCAGUAAUAAAAGUGAAAAUUCCAAAAGAUAAGGAUGGUAAACCAAAACAGUUUGCAUUUGUGAAUUUCAAGCAUGAAGUAUCUGUUCCUUAUGCAAUGAAUCUACUUAAUGGAAUCAAACUUUUUGGAAGGCCCAUCAAAAUUCAGUUUAGAUCAGGAAGUAGCCAUGCCUCACAGGAUGUUAGUUUGUCAUAUCCCCAGCAUCAUGUUGGAAAUUCAAGCCCCACCUCCACAUCUCCUAGCAGGUAUGAAAGGACUGUGGAUAACAUGACUCCAUCAACACAAGUAAUUCAGAGAUCUUUCUCUUCUCCAGAAAAUUUUCAGAGACAAGCAGUAAUGAACAAUGUUUUGAGACAGAUGUCAUAUAGUGGGAAAUACGGUUCUCCACAUCUCGAUCAGUCAGGAUUUUCCCCAUCAGUUCAGUCACAUAAUCAUACUUUUAACCAGUCUUCGAGCUCUCAGUGGCGCCAAGAUACACCUUCAUCACAGCGUCAAGUCAGACAGAAUUCUCAUCCAUACAUAGCAGAUAGACAUUACAGCCGUGAACAGCGUUACACUGAUCAUGGGUCUGACCAUCAUUACAGAGGAAGAGAUGAUUUCUUCUAUGAAGAUAGGAAUCACGAUGGCUGGAGCCAUGACUAUGAUAACAGAAGAGACAGUAGAGCUGGAAAAUGGCACUCAUCUCGACACUAACAAGUGUUCAAAGGACAUUGUUUUUAUAGGGUCAUUCUAGGCCAUUUUCGCUAUCUUGGUCUGGAAAUGUUUUGUUAAAACUGUACAGAGCAGCUUUACAAGUUGCUACAUUUCUUUAUAAAACUUUUAAAACCUAUAGCUGUAGUCUAACACAGAAAUGAGAAGAAUUGUGGUUCUAGUUUUUACAUUAAUAACCUUUCACCUCAGGGUUUUAUGAAGAGGAAAGGGUUUUAUGCAAAAGAAGUGCCACAAUUCCUAAUUGUUUUAGACAAUUGAUGGAGGGAUGCAUUAUGGACUGCAUUGUAAAGCAAAUAUUUUCAUUAUCUGUUAUCUUUUUUUGCAAGAACCUGCUUGUUAGUGAAUCAGCUUUUGGUGUAUGUAAUGGAAAACAUUCAAGUUAAUGUAAGCCUGUACAUGCUAUUUCAUUCUAAAAUUUUAGAAUUUCCUUAUUAAAUCAUGUUUGAUGUAUGACUGAAGUCACUCAGGAAGUUAAAUUUCUCUAAAUGUAUUUUUUAACAUUAAAAAAUACAGUGUUAAUGUAAAACCCUCUUUUCAGGAACAGCAGAAAUCUAAAUGUACAGUCCAAUAAAAUGGUAAAAUGUU